UAUAAAAACCAGAGCUCAUCUUCCUCACUGGAGCUGCAACAUCUAGAGAGAUUAAAGAGAAAAUAAGAUUGAUGGGGAGAUAUCCAUGCUGUGAUGAAGUUGGAGUGAAGAAGGGGCCAUGGACGCCGGAAGAGGAUCAGAAGCUUGUGGAGUAUAUAAAGAAGAAUGGGCAUGGAAGCUGGAGGCAUCUGCCCAAGAGUGCAGGGCUGAAUCGGUGUGGGAAGAGCUGUAGACUGAGAUGGACUAACUAUCUAAGACCAGAUAUUAAGAGGGGGAAGUUCUCUGAGGAGGAGGAACGUCUCAUUAUUCAUCUUCAUUCCGUGCUUGGAAACAAGUGGUCUUCCAUCGCAACCCGGCUGCCCGGCCGGACCGAUAAUGAGAUCAAGAAUUACUGGAACACUCAUCUGAAGAAGAAGCUCCUUCUCAUGGGCAUCGACCCGAUCACCCACCGCCCCAUAAGCAAUCUUGACCUCAUCGCCAACCUACCCAAUCUCCUCUCCCACACCAACCUAAAAAACUUAGCAAUCUCAUGCGAUCAAUCCCUUCUUCAUCUCCACACAGAUGCAGCCCAAUUUGCCAGAAUCCAAAUCAUACAGAGCCUCCUACAACUCCUGUCUUCCCCUCAUCCAACUUCCCCUGCAGAUACUCUGCUACAACUCAUGAACACUAAUAAGCUGGAGGGAUUUAGCCAAUUGGUUGCAGGCCAGAGUUUGAUACCAAACAAUUUUGAAGGUUUGGAGCAGUCUGGGGAGAUGGCAUCAAAGAUGAUCGAUGAUAUUAGCAAACAAGGAGAACUGUUUUCAAAUAAUAACUAUUCAUUUCCUGCUUUGGUUUCAUCUUUGCCUGAGAAUGCAUCAGUUGAGCAGAAGCAUUUGGACCAGAUUGUUAGCUUUAAUUCGAGCUCAGUCGCGGGCUGUUCUUCGAGCUCUACGACAUUUGAUGCGUGGGAUGGACUCCAUUUUUGUGAUCAGGAUGCAGGGGAGCUUGGCUGGAAGGAUGUUUUGGAACAAAUAUCGUGGUAGAAGAAAUGCGGACAGAAUUUACUGGCUGGCUAGCUCGUCAUUAUUCAUGGCUGUAGCCGAAUAUUCACAUUUUCAAUGGCAAGAAGACAGUAAAUACUUCAUUUACCAUUUCGUGUUUCCUUUUUUUUUUUUUAUAUUUUUGUACAAAAUCAGUGACAAGAGAAGAAAUGAAUUGACACGG